AUGGAGAACGAGGAAGCUUUUGAGGUAGAUGCUCAGCUGCACGCCAGGGAAGUUACAUCGAUACCCAGUGGUAGUCGGAGCACUUCCACAGAUCAUGGCAAAGGCACAGUCCGAUUACAUGUCAAUGAGCGGACACUUUUAUUACGAGGAUACGAAGACCCCGAACCUCCCCAGCAGGAUGUGGCCGGGCAGAAGCCCGGACUCUGGGCGUUUUGGAGACAACCUCAUGUCUUCUGGUUGAUUCCGUUUCUCCUUCUAUAUAUGCUAGGAUUUGUUGGUGCCGCCGUCCCUAAAAUUAACCUUGUCCUCUCGCUCGUCUGCAAGGACUAUCUUUCCAAGAAGGCAUCCAAGGACCCUACUUUCACGUACCUCCCUGUUAUCAUUGGGGAGGAGAACCGUCAGUGCCAGGUUCCCGAGGUACAGUCCCUCGUUGCUCGGUUCCAGCUGUAUCUCAACUUGAUAGCGGGGAUCUUGUCGGCGCUGGUCAGUCCACGGUUUGGUCAUAUAUCCGACCGAUACGGAAGAACAAAGUUAAUUGCGCUAUGCGCGUUUGCUACCGUGCUCGGAGAAUCACUCACGGUCCUUGUGGCAGCUCGACCGGACCAGUUUUCCAUCAACUUUCUCCUAGUAGGCGCUUUUCUGGACGGCCUUGGAGGUUCUUUCACCACAGUCCUGGCGCUCGCCACAUCAUAUGCCUCUGACUGCACUGCUCCCGAAAAGCGGGGUGUGGCAUUUGGAUAUCUGCACGGAGCUCUUUUCGUUGGAAUGGCAUGUGGCCCACUACUCGCGGCGAUUGUCUUGAGAAAGACUGGGGAGAUGCUAUACAUUUUCUCCACGAGUCUGGGAUUCCACGCGCUAUUCUUCCUCAUGAUUCUCUUCGUGAUCCCGGAAUCAUUAUCGAAGGAGCACCAACAGGCCGCCAGAGAGAAACACCGAGUGAAGGUUUCUCGCAAGGAACCCGUCGGCUUCUGUUCUUCCACUUGGCUCCGUCAUCUAAACCCAAAGAAUUUCAUCACACCGCUCGCCAUCCUAUUUCCGCCUGUCGGACGCCCCAGCUCGCUCUUCCCUAAUCGCAAAGGGGCAACCCCCGCCUUGCGCAGAAACAUUAUCCUUCUCGCUGCAAUUGACACAGUCGUCUUUGGCGUUUCCCUGGGAACUGCUCAGAUUGUCAUCAUCUAUGCGGAGUAUAUGUUCGGCUGGGGCAAUGUCGAGUCGAGCAUUUUCAUCUCCAUCAUCAGCACUGUCCGCGUGGUUGUCCUGUUCCUAGCCCACCCCAUCAUUACGCGAAUCUUCCACAAGCCAACGACCUCGCAGAGCUUCAUCCCUGGCUUGAACAGGGUCGAACUCGUUAUCAUACAGAUCUCGGUUCUUCUCGAUAUGCUCGGCUAUGUGGGAUAUGCGCUGGGACGAAGCAGCGCUCUCAUGACGUUUUCUGGGAUCGUCGCCGCGCUGGGCAGUCUAGCAACUCCUACGCUGCAGUCAUCGCUAACGAAACACGCCCCUCGUGAUCGCGUAGGUCAGAUCCUCGGAGCUAAGGGAUUAUUGCAUGCGCUGGCUCGGGUCAUUGCGCCUACCGUGUGCAAUCUCCUCUACAGCGUGACGGUGGGCAAGUACACCCAAACAGUUUUCGUCACUCUGGCAGCAGUUUUUGGCUUGGCUCUGUGCAGUAGCUUCUACAUAACACCACAUGUUUCUCUUGACGAUUGUGAACCGAGUAGCCUUCGGCAUGAAGCAAAUGAAGAGGGUGAGGAAGAUGAUGAUACUCUACUGAAUUCUUGA